AUGAGCCCGGAUGACAUGGACCUGGUCUGGCCGACGGCUAAGGCUCAGCUCUAUUUGUCCGAGGCUGCGCAGGUAAAGAAGCUGAUCGGCCCGGAGAAGAUCCGGCGCAACAAGGAUGCACUUAGAGAGCUGCGCUGCUUUCAAGAGAUCCUGGGGGACCUCCAUGCCGGGCAAUUCGGCCGAGCGCCGGAGCGACGGGCGGCCGCCGAGGCAGCCGCCCGAAGGUGGGAAGACCUCGGCGCCGUGGCCCAGAAGCAAAACCUGCCACCCGAGGCGUUGGCAGCUUUGUGCGAAGCCCCUCAGAGCAUCCUCUCUUUUGUGCACUGUGUCCGAGGGUUCCCCCCAGGCUGCUCUCAGAUGGCCUCUCCCCUGGACGAUGAGCAUGCGACCUGCGCAUCCUCCACCAGGGCGCCCAGCACCGUGGCCAUACACCAGGAGGAGACGCAAAGCUUAGCCACGACCGAGGUUACAACCUUGCUCGAGGACGUGCUGUGGAGUGGGCCGUCGUGUGAUAUGACGGGCCCGACCUUCAGCAAGAGGCGGCGCAGCGUCGAGCAGCUCGGUAGAUUGGCGGGUGACCUGAGCGAGCAGAUGGACCAGGAAUACACUGCACUGAUGGCGUCCAUAGACGAGAUCCAAGCGCUGAUGGAAGCGGAGGUCGCUGGCGACGCGCGGCUUCCUUCCAUUGAAGAGCUCGAAGCCUUCACCGAGCGGAUCGAGGUCGCCAUCAGGAACCUUCAGGAGGAGACGAGGGUGCCUGCUUCCCCACGGGCUUCGCCUGGGGUGGCCGAGCCGCCGCGGGCACAGCGCCCACGCUGGGCAGAUCUCUCCGACUCGGAAGAGGACGUGCCCGAGAGCUGCGCUAUACAGGAGCGCGGCGCCAAGCUGCAGCCAGCGGUGGCUCAGUGUGGAAGGUGCGGUCGUCAUCUCGACAAGUCCUGCUUCAGCCGCCGGGCCUGGCGGCAGGUGCGUGGCAAGGGCAGCCAGGGCCUCCGCCUCCCCAACAGCGCGCACUGCCGUGAAUGUAGCGGCCGAGCUUAG